AAUUUUUUUAGACCAACUGAUUUAAAAGGGCUGCGAUCUGCUAUUAAAACAUUUACAAGUUACAAGACUAACCAUUGCGAUUGAUGAAUCUCAUAUAACAAAUAGAAAAUCUUCUCACCGGGAAUUAAGUGGAAGUUUCAAGUCAAAGAAAAACUAAUAAAUACAUGAUGAUGUCUGCCUUCACUACAGACCAGAGUAAAUUCCAGGCAGUUUUGGACAGAGAUCCAGCAUCAGAAGGCCAUUUUGUAUAUGGGGUGAUAAGUACCAUGAUUUGUUGUCGGCCAACAUGCUCAUCCAGACCCCCAUUGAAGAAGAAUGUUAUAUUCUUUGAUACUAUUGAAGAUGCAGUAUCAAAGGGAUUUAUAUCUUGUAAAAGAUGCAAACCCGAAAAAACAACUGGUUGGAAUCGUACUCGAGACAUAGUGGCCCAGGCUUGUGUGAUUAUUAUGGAUAUGGCUAAACUGAAGCGUAAACCAAAUAUUGAUAAAAUUGCUGCAAAAUUGAAAGUUUCUAAAUGGCAUCUUUGUAGAACUUUCAAAAACUAUACUGGUAUCACUCCAAGGCAAUUUUAUUUAAAAUCUUUAGAAGGUUUGGAUCCUUUGAAAUCAAAGCCUUUACCGCUUAUCCAGACUAAGAAAAAUCUUUUAAAAUUGAAGAAAUUGGCGGAAGCUUCUAAAAAUGAUAAUUCAAAAGAUGAUGUACCUCAAAAUUCUAAUGAUUCCCCCAUUAAUGAUUCAGAUAAAAGUCCUGAUUCUUUAUAUGCACUGGAGACUCCUGCUUCAAAUUUGAUGAGUGAAAGCCCUGCCCUGUCUGCUUCUUCUCAAUCUAAUCCCGAUCAAUUAAUACCUCCUGAAUGUGGAAUUGACGAUUUCUUAAACGAAACCUCCGGUUUCAAUUCAAGAGAAGCGUAUCCUUUUGUAUUUGACCUGAAUGAUUUAUUUAGUCAGGGUUUUAUGUUUAAUGACGAAAAUAAUGAUAACGAUCUUUUCUUGGGCAGUCUUCAUGGCAAUUAAAAGAGGUUUUUUUUUUAUAUAUAAUUUUUUUGCUUCAUCUUUUGUAAUUUAUACGAUCACUUCAUUUCUGG